AUGUCGGGAUCAAAAGAAAGCGGCUUUUCAGAAGGAAAAGUGCGGCGCCUCGUGCCAGGAAUAUACGUUCCCACGUUGUGUUUCUUCGACCCGAAGACCGAGGAUCUCGAUCUCUCAACAAUUGCAAAACAUGCCGUUAGGCUUGCUCAGGCAGGAGUUACCGGUCUUACCGUCCAUGGAUCAAACGGAGAGGCUGUUCAUCUCUCUACUGAAGAACGAGCGAUGGUAAUUCGGACGACACGGGACGCAUUGAACAGUGCUGGGUUCGGAGCUAUGCCAUUGAUGGCGGGAUGCAGUGCACACUCAACCAGAGAGACCAUCAAGCAAUGUCAAGAGGCUUAUAAAGCAGGGGCAGACUGUGCCUUGGUGCUGACAGCUUCAUAUUAUCAGACCCUUUUUGCGCCUGAUUCGGUAGUCGAAUAUUUCUACGACGUAGCGAAUGAGUCACCUCUUCCACUCGUCAUCUACAACUACCCGCCUGUUGUUGGUGGUCUCGACUUGGACUCGGACACCUUAAUCACUCUGAGCAAUCACCCUAAUAUCAUUGGAUGCAAAUUCACUUGUGGAAAUACCGGAAAGCUUAAUCGCGUCGUGGCUGCCCAGCGACAAAGAGCUUCAAGCUCGUCCGGAAAGCCCUCUGCGCCUGAAUUCCUAUGCUUCGGGGGAUCCGGGGAUUUCACACUUCAGACGCUGAUUGGCGGCGGUGCAGGAAUUAUCGGUGGCAUUGGAAACCUUGCCCCUAAGACGUGUGUUCGGAUUCAAGAGUUGUAUCGCCAGGGGAAUAUGAUGGAUGCACAGAAGGCCCAGGAAAUCCUGGCCCGAGGCGACUGGGUGGCUAUCCAAAGCGGAGUGGUUGGGAUUAAGAGUGCCAUAAUGGCACAUUGUGGAUAUGGUGGUUAUGGGAGAAAACCUCUUCCGCGGCCAAGCAAGGCGGAUCAAAACACCUAUGCGGUCCAGUUUCAGGAGCUUGUGGAUUUUGAGAAUUCCUUGUGA